AUGAAUCAGCUUCUUCUCAGUCUCCUGUUUUUCUUCUGUAUACCUCCAAAUCUUGAUGCCCAACAAAGUUAUUCAGGAAACAAAGUCAUGGAUUGUGAUAACAGCGACUCAACGGGCCCAUCUUCAGCUUUUCUUUACACCUGCAAUGGUAAGAAUCAAUCCUGCCAAGCCUUUCUCAUCUACAAAUCUCAACCUCCUUAUAACACAAUCUCCAGUAUUUCAAACCUCCUAUCUUCAGACCCACUUGAGCUUGCUCGCAUCAACAAUUUCUCAAGAUCUGCUGUUAUCCCAACAGGUAAAGAGGUAAUAGUUCCUGUACUUUGUUCCUGCUCAGGGCAAUACUAUCAGGCCAACACCUCUUACACAAUUCCAAGUAUUUAUGAUUCAUACUUUACUAUUGCAAACUACACGUAUGAGGGUUUAGCCACUUGUGACUCUCUUAAGCGUGAAAACAAUUACAGUGAAUUUAGCUUGGAUAUCGGUAUGAAACUGCAGGUGCCACUUAGAUGUGCUUGUCCUACAAGAAAUCAAACCGAAAAUGGUACCAAGUAUCUAUUAAGUUACUUGGUCAGUUGGGGGGACGAAGUUCGUAAUAUCAGUGAGAGGUUCAAUGCAAGUAUAAAGAGCGUAAUCUAUGCAAAUAGGUUCACUGAAGAUGAUCCAACUAUCUUCCCUUUUACCACAAUUCUUAUUCCACUGUCAAAUGAACCUUCAAGCUCGCAAACAAUAAUUCAGUAUUCACUACCGCCCCCUUCUUCUCCCUUCACUCCAUUUAAUAGGAUCGAGAGGUCAAGUACAGGAUUUCAUAGAAUGAUUAUAAUUGGAAUUUCCUUGCUGGUCCUCUCCUCUAUUUUAUCCAUGGUGCUGUUGCUUUACAAGAAGAAAAUUUUUGGAGCUCAAAAGGAUGGAAAGGAGAAAAAGAAAGUUGCUUUGCCUGAAGAAUUCUUACAUGACGUUGCUGAGGUAGAUCAGGGGUUGAAAAUCUACAAAUUUGAGGAACUAAGGGUGGCUACCAAAGAUUUCAGCAUCCAGAGUAGGUUGAGUUGUUCUGUCUAUCAUGGCGUCAUCGGUGGACAAGUAGUCGCGAUAAAAAUGACGAGCAAAGACGUAUCUAAUGAGGUGAUUUUGCUGAGAAAGAUUAACCACUUCAAUUUGAUCAGGCUCUAUGCUGCAUGUGAGCAUCAGGGGGUUUUCUACCUCAUCUAUGAGUUUAUGGAGAAUGGUUCUUUGAGAGAUUGGCUCUGCAAAAAGGAUUGUCUUGAAGUUCAGAGUUGGAAUUUCAGGAUUCAGAUUGCCUUGGAUGUUGCUAAUGGGCUUCACUAUCUUCACAACUUCACUGAUCCUACUUGUGUGCACAAGCGCAUCUGUAGCAACAAUGUUCUGCUCAACAGACAUCUAAGAGCUAAAAUUGCAAACUUCAGCCUUGCACAUUCAGCAAAGGAAGAAGAAUACAUGAAUUCUUCAAUGAGGUUGGCUUUUGGGGAAAAAGGUUACAUGGCACCUGAGUAUAUAGAAUAUGGCUUGGUGACUCCUGAGAUUGAUGUAUAUGCUUUUGGGGUCGUUCUGCUGGAAUUAGUUACCGGAAAGGAAGCAGUUUUUAUACAAGAUGAAAAAGAAACGCAAUUAUCAGAAGCAAUAAUUUCAAUCAUGGAGGAAGAUGAUGGAGAAGCUGAACUUGGCGGCCUUAUAGAUCCGUGUCUGAUGGCAAAGCACAGCAUGAAAAUUGUCCUGCAAUUGGUGAAGUUGAGUCUAGCCUGCUUGGAAGAAGAUCCAGAAAGUAGACCAAGUAUGGCUGAAAUAGUCUCCUCACUUUUGAAGAUUCAAGUGGAUGUACAGAAAUCGGAACCAUAUUUGUGGAGGGGGGUUCAAAAUUUCAAUGUCUGA